AUGGCGGCAUCACUGUUCACUUUCUCCUCCACUUCAAGAAGAGUCGUUCCAGCUCCAAACUCUCCUCCUCUUCCCAUAUACAUCAAAGCCACAAAUGUCAUUUUCAACCCUGAUAUACCAGAUGUUCAUCGAGGUCUUGGACUUGAUGAUUUUGUUAAUUUCUUAGUCUCCUGCCGACUUCGAUACGCAAUCAGUGACGUUCCAUCAGAGUUCUUUCCCAAACAAGUUUGUGAGUUCUACUAUACUACAACGGUUAAUGAUGAAAACAACAUCAUCUCCGGGACUAUUGGGCCUGGCAGACACUCAGUUUUUAUCACCGCUGAUCUCCUCAGUGCUGCGCUCAGGUCAUGGGAUAUGUCUAAAUUAGAAAAAAGAAAACGUGUUCCUUUUUUUUUCCCUAGUACAUCACCCCUUUUUCCUCUUCUCUUUCUUUCACAACCGUCGACCCCUCCUUCCCCUACAUCUCCAAAUCGCACGAUUACAACCCUCAAACAUCAUCUGUAUACUUCCAUUAGAUCUACAACGCCUCCGCCAUCACCGGAUUUACCAUCGCCUCCGACUGCAUUGCUUAUGUCGCCUUUGCAUCCGGGUCAUGGUGCUUCACCCUCGACAUCUUCUUUAGGUCAAGUUUUAGUUUUCUCUUGUUCUAUAAUUCGAUUUUAA